AUGGCAGACCAAUAUGCUCUUGGACUCGGCGGAGACGCGCCCAAGAUGCUGGCUGUGCUCUGGUCACUUACCGCGUUGGCAUUGGUCUUCGUUCUUCUUCGUCUCUAUACCCGGUUGAGGGUUCUCCGCGCUUACGGACUAGAUGAUUACUUCUACAACGCCGCCUUUAUGACUCUCCUCAUCUACGACAUCAUGAUGACAGUUGCAUCGAUGUACGGGUUCGGUCGAGAUAUUGACGAUGUCCUUGCGAUAAAGGGCCCAGUCGUCGGGAUGGAAUCCGUAACUAGAGCUAUUCUAUACUCAGCUAUCGGACAGACCAUCCUAGUAUUUGGAACAAUUCUCUGCAAGACUUCUCUGGCUCUGUUCCUUGUUCGAAUCGUUCCAGACAGGCGAAACCACAUCAUUAUAUGGGUUCCAAAUGGCUUUCUCGCCACUGGUAUUGUGGCAUCACUCUUUGUCUUUUGGUUUUCAUGUCAACCCACCAACUACCUGUGGGACCGUCGAAUACCAGGUGGGAAGUGCACAAUCGAUCCUGGGCCCAUCUCAAUGUAUGCAGGUGCCUGGUCCGUGACGGUGUACCUUUGGUACGCCGCUUUUCCCUGGUAUCUACUGUGGAACAUCCAGAUGCCUAAACGUGAGAAGCGAGUCAUCGCGUCGUCUUUGAGCCUUGGUAUCAUCGCUGGAGCUUGUGGCAUUGAGAGAGCGGUGCAGUUGAAGUAUCUUGGGAGUCCGAAUUAUACCAAAGACGUUGUCGGCAUUAUCAUCUGGCAUGCUGCAGAAUUCUGCUCGACCAUGGUGUGCAUCGGCAUUCCGGUCUGCCGGCCCCUUUGCCGAGACUGGCUGAACACUUGGGAGGCAUCAAGAGGAAGCAAAACCACCGGAAGUGGC